GUUCGUAUCCUUUUUUUCUGUUUUAUUUUUAACGUGAAAGGAAUAAUUACUUGGUAUUGAAAUAAAUGAAAAAAGAAAUAAGUUGAUUUGUCUCAGAAGAAAGUUCGUUGAUAUAUUUGUUUUUUAAAAGAAUUUGACCAUUUUAAUUAAAGAUAUCGUACGAAGAUCCUAAGAAGAUCGAAUAUUAGUUAUUACAUAAAUCAUUAUACAUUUCUUCCUAAUUUUUUUUAUCGCUUUUAAUUUUCGUACGUAAUUCUCCGUUCAAAAAAAUGUGGAAUCGUAAGGUUUUCGUCAGAAUAAUCGAAGUGCUGCUUUGCAUCGCAUGCGUGGUUGCGCUCAGAGUGACGGAUGACGAAAGCAGAAGAGUAUUUCAUUAUUUGAGGAAUCGCAGCAGAGAGUGGUCGCUUUUAAAUAAUGUCACAUGGGGCACCAUAGGUGCCGCUCUUGCAACAGCGACUUGCGGUGGCUACGUCAUCAUAACUGCCGGUCUUCUUAUUGCCGCGGCAACUAAUGAACUUACGGGCCGAAAAACGGAGAUCUUCUUCCUUGGUCUCGGUGUGAUCCUUUUUGGAAUCGUCGGUGCUCUUGCUUUAGCAUCAAUCGAAAGUAUUCCAGAGGAUUUGAUCGACAAUGCUGCAGUUCUCGGUGCACUCACUCUAAUCACCGCUCUUAUAUUCAUAGCAGACCUACUGAUAUCUCCUCCUCGUAAAAAGGAUAAGCAGGAAGUGCGAAUGGACAGUGAUAAGACGGACUCAGUUAAACAACCCACCAUGACGACGACGGAAAAGGAGAUGAAGCCGUCGAAAGAAAAGGAAAGUACGAAAUCGAAGGAAGAAUCGAAGGAAAUCAACGGUAAGAUAAAUGAAGGAUUCGAGAAGAUAGACGAUCGAAGAAGGAAGGAGGUCGAUGAAGAAGAUUCCGAUAAACCUCAACGACUCGAACAACUUGCAUACGACAAUUAUCGGUUGGAAAGAAAUCGUAAUUUCAAUAAUGUUGAAAGAGAAUUACGAGAACACACGCAGAACUUUGAAAAUGGACGGGUUUUGAGAAACUCUCAACGAUACAGGGAAGCGGAAAUUCUUCAAGGAAACAGUGCCGUAAACAGAUCAUUUGACGAUGAUCGUAGAUCGGAAGAUUCCAGGAUCAUUUAUAAGACACGGGAUAUUUAUCAACGACCCAUCGACGAGGUCGAUACACCACCGUUUCCAACUAAUUUUGGCCGAGGAAACGAGCCCAUCUUUGGCAAGAUCAUAAAUCCUAGUGUGAAAAUAAUGAAGAUCCAACAUGAUGUAAAUGAACCUCUUGAUUCUUACAGAUAUUCCGAUACUAGCCAAUAUGACAAUGUACCAGUGAGGAUGAAAGGAAUAUCAUCGAGUAUCUUGAAGAAGGAUCGUGGUGUUUCUUUGAAUGGUUCAUUGGCUUCUAAAACUCAUAACAAGAUUGAUGAGAGGAGCAAAAAUGAGAUCGAAAUGCUGGAAGAAUGUUUUAGUUCUCUCAGAUCGACUGGAACUCAAACUGGCGUUCGUACACCUUCCUCACCAACAGAUCCUGGAUAUGUUCGUCAUACUGCAAGCAAUUGGCCACACGAUCUCAAGGCAAAAACACCUGGCUCUAGUCCAGAACAUAAUAGGAAUCAAUAAAAUUUUUGAUUCAUUUUAAUCGUUAAA